AUGGUCAACACACUUACUGAAGCAUCAUCAUCGCGCGAUGCCGUACCACCAACCCCACCCCCACCACCACCAGCAAACCCCCAGUCCAAGAUAUCACCAAGCGUCCUCAAAAUGAGAACAAUCGCACCAGAAAGCGUCCUCUUCACACCAAGCCCCAGACCCCAAGGCCCCGCCCCAGCAGGCCUGUACUUCUUCUACGGCACCCUCCAGCACCCAACCCUCCUGAAGAACAUCCUCAAUCUCGCCGAGGAGCCAGUCCUCCGCCCCGCCUAUCUUCACGGCUACAAAUGCAAGCUCUGGGGUUCAUAUCCCGCCCUCUUACCUGGGAGGCCACGGGACACAGUGCAGGGAUCUGUCUAUGAGGUGGCGAGCGUUGAACAUGCGGAGAGACUUGCCGUUUACGAAACUAAUAGCUAUGCCCCUCGGGCUUGUGAGCUGCGGUUUGGUGAACGUGGAGCUUCGGAGUAUUAUGAGGGAAUUUGCUUCAUGUUUGUGGGGAACACGGGGGAUUUGAGGGACGGGCAAUUUGAUCUGGGGGAAUGGCUGAAGCAGCAGAAGUGA